AUGAAAACUUGUCAGUACUUAGAUGAAUGGAGCCAGAUCGAAUAUGAGUUUGAAGAGCAGCAAAGCGAUUAUGUUAUUCUUGAGCAGAGCUGCAAAAGGAUCACAGUUGCUAGUGCAAGACAAACUCUCAUUAGUAUCAGAAUGGCCCAAAGUAUCACACCACUGCAAAGACUAAAGUUCAACAACGUUGCAUUGAAAAAACUCCCGCUGGAUUCGUCACUAGAACCGGGCUCACGGACCGUGACAGGAGCGUGUUUUUCCCGUGUCCAGCCGCAGCCACUGCUCAAGCCAGCCUUCGUCGCUAUAUCCGAGCCGGCUCUCGCUUUGCUGGGUCUGAACGUGGACGAUGUUUUACGUGACCCGCACGGGGCUGAAUAUCUGAGCGGCUCUCGGGUGAUUCCGGGCUCCGAGCCCGCUGCGCACUGCUACUGCGGACACCAGUUUGGCCAGUUCGCCGGGCAGCUGGGUGACGGUGCUGUGUGUUAUUUGGGGGAGGUGGAGGCCAGUGCUGAGCAAAUUUCUGUCCCGACCAACAGAAGCCCCUGUGGUCGGUGGGAAAUUCAGGUUAAAGGCGCUGGACUGACGCCUUAUUCCCGGCAAUCUGAUGGACGUAAAGUGUUCCGCUCCAGCAUUCGAGAGUUCCUGUGCAGUGAGGCCAUGUUUGCACUGGGAAUUCCCACAACACGAGCAGGAUCGCUGGUGACCUCUGACCUUUAUGUCCAGAGGGAUGCAUUCUACAGUGGCAAUCCCAGACCAGAGAGGUGCUCGGUCGUUCUCAGAAUAGCACCCACCUUUAUCAGAUUUGGCUCGUUUGAGAUCUUCCACCCUGUGGACGACUUCACAGGUAGACAUGGCCCUAGUGUUGGACGACCUGACAUCCGAGCACAACUUCUGGAUUAUGUCAUUGAAACAUUCUACCCUGAAAUACAAAGAAGACAUUUAGACCGCCUAGAGAGGAAUGCUUCCUUCUUCAGAGAGGUGACCGUGAGGACUGCCAAACUGGUUGCCCUGUGGCAAAGUGUGGGAUUUUGCCAUGGAGUUCUCAACACAGACAACAUGAGCAUCUUGGGCCUUACUAUAGACUACGGCCCAUUUGGCUUCAUGGACAGGUUUGACCCUGAGUUUGUGAGCAAUGCCUCUGAUAAGAAACGCCGUUAUUCUUAUGAAGCUCAGCCGUAUGUCUGCCGCUGGAACUUGGCACGUUUGGCAGAAGCUCUUGGCGCGGAGCUCCAGUCAGCCAAAGCAGGGGCCAUCUUAGAUGAGUUCAUGACCAUUUAUCAGGACUUCUACAUGGACAACAUGAGAAAGAAGCUGGGUCUUCUGAGACAUCAAGAACCAGAGGAUGUGGAACUGGUGGCUGAUUUAUUGAAGACCAUGCACAUCACAGGUGCCGACUUCACAAAUACAUUUCGUCUGCUGAGUGCCGUGUCCUGUCCUGUAGGUGAACAGAAAGACAGCACAGACUCAGUAGUGGAACUGAUCGCGGAACAGUGUGCCUCGCUGGAGGAACUAAAGGUGGCCAACCAUCCUACAAUGCAGGUUAGUGAGUUGGAGAUGAUUCUCUCCAUGGCAGAGACAAAUCCGGGUAUGUUUAACAUGGUAGCCAAUCAGCCAGAAGUUGCCAAGCAACUGGAGAAGAUUGGCAGGCUGAAGGAGCUUCUCAUGAUCAAUGAGGCGGAGCUAAAAAUCAAACAGAGAGAUCACUGGCAGAGAUGGGUCAAACAAUACAGGAGACGUCUGGCCCGUGAUUGUGACAAAGCAAGUGACCCUGCUGAGGUAGAGAAAGAACGGGUCAAAUCUAUGAACUCCACCAAUCCUGCUGUUGUGCUGCGGAAUUACAUUGCCCAGAAUGCAAUUGAAGCAGCUGAAAGGGGUGAUUUUUCAGAGGUUCAACAGCUGCUUAAAGUUUUGGAGAACCCUUAUUCGGUCAGUCCGGAUCUGGAGUGUCCAGUAUGGUCAGCAGGAAGUGGGUCAAACCCAGCUGAUGGCAACAUCUUUAAGGGACAGGAAGUUGAGGAGAACACAAAAAGAAAAGCAGCAAAUCAUACUCACCAGAUUCCAUACAACAGUAAACCUCCUGCAUGGGCCAGAACAGUCUGUGUCACAUGA